AUGGAAGGUUCUUCAAACUCCAACUCUAGAGGGUUCCUCAAUACCUCUGGCGUUUCUGACAGGAACAACGACUUCUCACCAGUUGAGAGAGUCACAGCAUCUUCUCAUGUUGAUGAGUAUGUGAGAAGCUUGUUUGGUAGUAGCACACACAAAUCCUGUGAAGAAGAAGACUCUUUAGGGAUUGAUGACCCUUUUGUUAGAUCCUUGGAAUGGGGUGAUGUCAGUUUGAGACAGUGGCUGGAUAAGCCUGAACGGUGUGUAGAUGUUUUUGAGUGUUUGCAUGUUUUCAGACAGAUUGUUGAGAUUGUGAAUGUGGCUCACUCUCAAGGCUUUGUUGUUCAUAAUGUUAGGCCUUCUUGUUUUGUCAUGUCUUCGUUUAACCAUGUUUCCUUCAUUGAAUCCGCUUCUUGUUCUGACUCCGGCUCUGAGGACGGUCCAAUUAGCCACAAGGAAGAUAAAGGAUCAUAUAACAAGAUCCUGGAGAGACAAAUCGAGAAGCUAGAGGAAGAGAAGAAGCAGAGUUUUCCGAUGAAACAUGUAUUAGCAAUGGAGACAAGUUGGUAUACAAGCCCUGAAGAAGAGUUUGGUUCUCCAAGUACUUGUGCUUCAGAUGUGUACCGUCUUGGUGUUCUUCUCUUCGAGCUGUUCUGUCCUGUGCCUUCAAGGGAAGAGAAGUCAAGAACUAUGUCUAGUUUAAGACAUCGUGUACUUCCGCCUCAGAUACUUCUCAAAUGUCCUAAAGAAGCUUCUUUCUGCUUGUGGCUAUUGCAUCCUGAGCCUAGUUGUCGACCAUUAAUGAGUGACUUGAUGCAAAGCGAGUUUAUGACCGAACCAAGAGAUAGUUUGGAAGAACGUGAAGCAGCCAUAGAGCUUAGGGACAAAAUCGAUGAACAAGAGUCGUUACUCGAGUUCUUGUUAAUGAUCCAACAGAGAAAGCAGGAAUCUGCAUAUAGAUUGCGUGAUACGGUCUCACUUCUUUCUUCAGACAUCGAGCAAGUUGUGAAGAGACAGUUAGUUUUGAAGAAAAAGGGAAGCUCAUACUCUGAUCUCAGCAAAGAUAAUCAUCAACAAAGCUUCCCGGAAGAGCCUUCCACAUUAAUGGCUUCAAGAAAACGUUUUAGACAAGUGAUUCCCUCAGAGGAAACCGACGUUGAAGCUGAUGAGGAGAGUCAAGGAAGAAGCACAUUUCUUGAAAGCUCCAGGUUGAUGAGAAACUUCAAGAAGCUAGAAACCGUCUACUUUCUGACAAGACGCAGGCAGCUGAAAGCUGCUGCUUUGGGGAAGUCAUUAACUAGACAUUCACCGUUAAGUAGCGAAAAUGGAAGAGGCUCGGAGAAAAGCUCAGUAAGCAACUCUGCAGCACCCAAAGUUUCUUCCAACAAUGAUUCAAGACAAGGCGGGUGGAUAGAUCCAUUCCUUGAGGGUUUGUGCAAAUACUUAUCAUUCAGUAAGCUUAGAGUGAAAGCAGAUUUGAAACAAGGAGACUUGUUGAACUCUACCAACCUUGUUUGCUCCCUUGCAUUUGACCGAGAUGGGGAGUUUUUCGCCACUGCUGGUGUCAACAAGAAAAUCAAGAUAUUUGAGUGUGAUUCGAUUGUAAACAACAACCUUGACAUUCACUAUCCGGUUGUGGAGUUGGCUGGCCGGUCAAAGCUGAGUAGUGUAUGUUGGAACAGUUACAUAAAGAGUCAGAUUGCAUCAAGUAACUUUGAAGGAGUGGUUCAGAUAUGGGAUGUUUCAAGAAGCCAGCUGGUUACAGAGAUGAAGGAGCACAAGAAGAGAGUAUGGUCCAUUGAUAUUUCAGCAGCAGACCCUACUUUACUAGCUAGUGGAAGCGAUGAUGGAACCGGAGUUAGCAUUGGAACCAUCAAGACAAAGGCCAAUGUAUGUUGUGUCCAGUUUCCAUCAGACUCGGGACGGUCUUUAGCAUUUGGCUCUGCAGAUCACAAAGUGUAUUACUACGAUCUUAGGAACCCCAAGAUUCCUCUGAGCACAAUGAUUGGUCAUAGUAAGACAGUGAGUUAUGUCAAGUUUGUGGAUUCAUCUACUCUUGUGUCUUCUUCUACUGAUAACACACUAAAGCUUUGGGACUUAUCCAUGUGUGCCUCUGGUGUUAAUGAAACCCCUCUUCAUUCAUUUGCUGGACACACUAAUCUAAAGAACUUUGUUGGCUUAUCAGUCUCUGAUGGAUAUAUAGCUACAGGCUCAGAGACUAAUGAGGUUUUCGUGUACCACAAGGCAUUCCCAAUGCCGGUUAUGUCCUACAUGUUCAGCAACACUGACUCUACUUCUGGUUUAGAAGUUGAUGAUGCCUCACAGUUCAUAUCGUCCAUCUGCUGGCGAGGACAGUCGUCUACCUUAGUAGCUGCUAACUCCAAUGGCAACAUCAAGAUUCUGGAAAUGGUGGCGUAA